CGCGCCAGGGCUCGCCAAGGUCGGGGUCGCUGGACCUUGGAGAGGACCGGUCCCGGGUCCGAGGACCAGUCCAGGGCGCACCGUGCAUGGACGCGGCAGCUGGGACCGGCAUCCGCGUCCGAGGCAGCGCACGACGAAUCGAUGCAAGCCAAACGAUGACCAGUUGUGGCCAGCAGCCCCUGAACGUGCUUGCCGUCCUCUCGUUGCUGAUUUCCGCAGUCUUGUCCGCGCAUUUCCGGGUCUGUGAGCCAUACACGGACCACAAAGGCCGCUAUCACUUUGGCUUCCACUGCCCCCGGCUCUCGGACAACAAAACCUUCAUCCUCUGCUGUCACCAUAACAACACGGUUUUCAAAUACUGCUGCAAUGAGACAGAGUUCCAGGCGGUGAUGCAGGCGAACCUCACGACCGGCUCCGAGGGCUACAUGCACAACAACUACACCGCCUUGUUGGGAGUGUGGAUCUAUGGCUUCUUCGUGCUGAUGCUGCUGGUCCUGGAUCUUUUGUAUUACUCGGCAAUGAACUACGACAUUUGCAAGGUUUACCUGGCACGGUGGGGCAUCCAUGGACGGUGGAUGAAACAGGACCCCAGGCGGUGGGGGAACCCUGCGCGGGCACCCCGGCCAGGGCAGCCGGCGCUGCAGUCCCAGCCUCCGCCGGGUCCCCUGCCGCAAGCCCCCCAGGCCGCACACACGCUGCAGAGAGAGAGCCACAGCCCGCCGCUGAUGAGCUUCCAGGGUUCGUCUGCCUGAAAACCCUUUUGCCGUGCCUCAGGAUGGGGGAGGUGAGACCCAAGGCACCUGGCUCAACCUCCGAGAAGUACCACUUCAAGACGUCAGGGAGAGCCAAGACGGCCACGGCGGUGGCAGAGGAGAAAACGCUGCCUGUGCCCGAACCCUUCCUCGGACUUCUAACACUACGAGCAAACUCAGGGGUGGGGGCUGGGUGCAGGGAGGGGCUUCUGAGCCACCCGUCCGCAAGCAAUAGUCCCAUUUUGGGCCGGUGGCUUCUGAGAGGUGGCGCCAUGGUGGACUCAGGAUGACCGACACAGCUGCCCUGGCCGAGUGAAGCCGGGAGGAUUCAGGCCAUGUGUCGUACCCAUGCGUGGUUCCCUUGCCCCCUCCAGUAGUGGCCUGUGGGCCUAUCUGUGUCAGAAUAUUGAAUGUGAGUGUGUGUGUGUGCGUGUGCGUGUGCGUGUGUGUGUGAUCAGGGGUAUCCUUUUUGUUUGUUUGAUUGGUUUUAUUGGGGUCCCCCCAAGUUCUCUGAUGGGCCUGAGUCACCUUGUGCUGGGGGUCUGGCCCAGCGUCCGGGCUCCAGCUUCUUGCUGCAGAUGUGAGCCAGAUGGAGUUGGUAAGCACAGGGCACAGCCCCACUGUGUCUCAGGGGGUGCUGGGGAUGCGAAAUGCCGGUGGGGUUUCGUUCUUAUGGAAUUUGUUCCCAUAAUGAUAGUGAUAAUGAGAGACACGUCUCAGGCCAUCCUCGGGGCAGGCACUAGAUUAUCUUCACGUAAGCCCUCUCUCAUCACCUGGGAGGUGGGUGGGAUGAACUCCCUGCAGAAAUGGCCCGUGUCUCACAGCCAGGAGGAGACCAGUCCUCAGUUUGACCUCAGAGGUAUAAGAACCCAAAGUCCAAGCUCCCCAGCCCAGGGUACCCCCAACACAGUCCCUGGAGCAUCUCCCCAGUGGCUUCUCAGUGGAUGGGCCAUCACCUAAGCUCUCCACCGUCGCUGCCCCAUGACCCUGCUACACACGACACAUUCUGGUUAAGCACCUACUGUCUGCCAGUCCUCUGCUGGGCGGCGAUCGGGAAGGGAGAUGAGUCAGGCUGGCCUCGUCCCUGCCCUGGGGGAGCCGCAUCUGGUGGGAGAGCCAGACACACAGAUCAUUGCUGGACAGAGUGAUGAGCACUAUGGAAGUGCAGAGGGGAAGGUUCUAGAAGCCCUUCCCAUUUAAGGCGGGACUUCCACAAAAACUUGGAUGCCCGUAACAUCUGUCCACAGAGCUCACCACCGCCACCACCCACCCCGCCAGCCCGGGGGCACACACACGGCAGGGCAUGACCUAGGAAAUGAUCACAUAAAUCCCCGAGGGCCAAGGUGGCAGUGUAGACACCCUCAUUCCCCUGGUGUUAGUGAAGCCAAAAUCUCCCCCCAGCGCCCAGCUGGGUGGGCCCGGCUCCUCUGCUCGCAUACCCUCACUCAGCAGGACCCAGUGUCUUCCACAGACCCUCUGCCCAUCGGACGUGGCAGUGAGCAGGCAGGCCCCUGCUCGUGGUGCUGGUGUCCUAGCUGGGGGAGAGGACAGGGAAGAAAUAAGCAGUGAAUAAGGAAGGUAGCAAUAGCAGUGAGCCCUAAGCCGAGAAUUUGGUCAAAACAAUGUUCGUGAGGGUCCUGUUGAGCUUGGGUGGUCUGGGAAGGGCUUUCUGAGCAGGCUAAGCCCAGCUCUGAAUGAUAAGCAAGAGCCAACCAUGGACAUUAAAGAUAAAAGAGCAUUCCAGGCAGAAGGAACAGCUAGUGCAAAGGCCCUGAGGCAGCAACCAGCUUGAUGCUUUCAAGGAACCAAAAGAAAUCCAGGUUGGCUGGGACACAGAGGAAGGGCGGAAAGAGAGGUGGGUGAGAGCCCAGAUGCUGUGGUCCGCUGUGAGUCACCUUAGCCUGGAAAAACAUAACACCCGCCCUUUGAUAAAGCAGAAAGAAGUUUCUAGGGUGUCAAGCAUUUUCCAUCCAGCCUGGCCUUUCAUCCUCUCAAAGCCCAUAAAGAAGGGACUCUCCCCAUUUCGUGGACCAGGAUGCUGAGCCUCAGGUGGGUCAGGCGGCUUGCCCAAGGUCACACAGGCAAGCUGAGGAAGACCCGGACCCGUGGCUUGAGUCCCGUCUUCUCCAGGGCCCAGGUGUACAGCUUUGGCAGAGGCAAUGUCAGAGAACCUUUGCUCGGGGUCUUGAUUAGGGAUAGGCGUGGCUUCCUUUACCCUGGACGCUGAGACAUGCCAGGACCUGCCCCUGGGCCUUGCAGAGCAGCAGUUGCCCUGGAAGCGUGCUCAGCAGCUAUUCAGCCCAGCUGGAUCAGCACACACCUGCAUCCCAUGUGCAUAGCCUCGGGGAUCAGAGAUCAGCACACACCCGCAUCCCAUGUGCAUAGCCUCGGGGAUCAGAGAUCAGCACACACCCGCAUCCCAUGUGCAUAGCCUCGGGGAUCAGAGAUCAGCACACACCCGCAUCCCAUGUGCAUAGCCUCGGGGAUCAGAGAUCAGCACACACCCGCAUCCCAUGUGCAUAGCCUCGGGGAUCAGAGAUCAGCACACACCCGCAUCCCAUGUGCAUAGCCUCGGGGAUCAGAGAUCAGCACACACCUGCAUCCCAUGUGCAUAGCCUCGGGGAUCAGAGAUCAGCACACACCUGCAUCCCAUGUGCAUAGCUUCGGGAAUCAGAGAAACCUGAGCGUUGGGGAGAGGCGUGUGGGCACAGAGCCAGAUUCUGACGUCAGCUCUGCACUGAGACCAGUGUGACCUCAGGCAAGUCCUGCGCCUUCUCUGCCUUCACUAAAAGGAAGGGCUCAGACCAGGUGUUUUUAGGGGGCUUGCAUCUCUGGCUUCCUGCAGUUCUGGGUGCUGCUCAUGCAGCUGUUCUUACGGAGACGCUUCCUCUGCUGAGAAGGAGCUGGUGGCCUUGCCUCUCUGCCCCGAACACUAGAGCCAGAGGUCACUGUCACAGAGACCAGCAAGGGCUAGGGUUCCCCUGAUCUGCAUCCCUGGGCUUGAGAACUUGCAAGGCGCUGCUCCUGACUCCACCAGAGGUCUUUCCAGGAGCGACUGACGACCCCGUGGAGGUUGACUGUUGCAGCCGGGCUGGGGAUCAGAAUCCUCUGUUGUAUGCAGGCGGCCCCUCAUCGUGAAGCUCAGCAGACAUCACAGACUUAGCAAACUGACACAGGGCAGCCUGGGAUGCAGGGGACGGAGUGCAGAGACCCACAGCACUCGCUGCCCCUUCCCCGCUGGGUGGUAUUGGGCAAAUCGCUUCACCUCUCUGAGCCUCACCUGUCAAGUGUGUGGGCUGUUGGCGUGGGACGGAGUGGCUGAGGGGAGAGGGCAGCGUGCGUGGGUGUGAAUGCCCAUCUGAAAGGCACACCUGUGCGGUUCAUUCCCUCUCGAUGUCAAGGGCUCCUCAAAGCCCCUGGGACAUGGGCCAUCCCGACAAAAACCUGCCCCAUACCUACCAUGGCAGGCAGACGUGCCAAUGAGUAGAGUGUCCCUGAGAAUAAGAUGCAGGGUAGUGACACGUUCAAGUAGAGAUUUACAGAGUUAGUGUUUUUUAGUGACUCCCUAACCUGAUUUUUCGAGCUGCCUAGUUUUACUUUUUACUGUGAGCUUCUGGCUAUAACCACAUAAUUUGUAAAAAUAACAAUAAUAAUACUACGAAAAGAAAAACAAAAAGAAGAGAAAGAAGAUGGCAAUAUAUCCGCUGAGGAACUUGUCUUUGACUCCCUGUAUUCGUAAGGACUUUUUCCCACUGGGAACUGUGUGUUAUAACGAGCAGUUUUAUGCUUUCCUUCUCAUCUGUGUAUAGCGUAAUUGUGCGUUUUGGAAUCUCUACGCAGAACCAAUACCUGGUAGCACCCAUGGGCCUCUCUGCCCCCACCUGAACCUCUGAGAUCCCCCUGCACCUCAAGGAGCAGCCCGCUAGCGCAGAAGGGCCUGGGGCCGCCAGCUGCCAGCCCGACAUCUGACGCUGACCGGGACCAAUAGGAAACAGGCCUUAACUGAAAGCACACGCAUGCACACACACACAUGCACACAUGUGAUUCUGCAGGUAGAUCCCGUCUCUCUGAUAAGCCCGUCUCUGAUGCUUUAGAGAAAUAGCAGGUAGGCAGCUAGCAUUCCUGGAGUGGUGGCAUUUCCCCUCUUCAUCCAAAAAACCCUUCAGGCAAAUUCAUCCCCAGGACUAGAAAGGAGGGCUUGGGGGCAUCAGGGAAAACACAGCCAGGAAUGGGGGUUAACAGGCUUCUGCUACCAAGAGAUGCUUCUCAGCUCACCGUCAAAUCAAAGGUCCCUUUAGGCCAUUCCUGUCACAUCGAGCCUGGCACCGUCUCCCAUGCACCCAGCAGACCCCCCAGACCCCUGUCCACACCAGGCCGGUGUCCCGGCCCUCUGCUGUCCCUCCAGACCACGGUCCCUGCCCAGGCCCCGUCUCCUGGCUCCUCUGACACCCCAUUUACUGUGUCUACUACUAGAGGUCGUGCCGUAAAAGAAGAUUAGUUUCCCAGAGUCACAGACUUUUUAAAAAUUGUUUAUUGAUUUAUUUUCAUUUUUUCAGCUUGGCUGAUUGGUCCCCACCAAUGGGAGGAGCCAUGCCUUAGGCGGCCCUCAGAGGUGAAUGUGCAGAUUCCGCAGCGAUCCAAGUUGACGUGAUGGCCCCGAGAGGAGUUGCUGGGGGCAUUUCAUUGCAGACACGUCCGGGUGGGCCCCCCUCUCUGCGGCAACCUUGGGGGAUUCUUAUCUUACUGCUCACCUGGCGAGCAUAGACAGCGUCUAGCUGUCGCCACAGGCCAUCUGAAAGGUCAGCGGGGCAACCACCCACCCAGUGAGUGGGUGACACUCUGGUCACUGCCACCUGCAGCCCCAGAACUCACCACCAGGCUGGGGUGAUGUCCUGUCCCCUCCAGAAAACAAACACGGCACACCUUCCGUCUGACCGAUGCCACGCCAGGCUCCCCAGCCCUUCCUUACAGCACAAAUGCAGCCCCAGAUGGUGAUUAAGUGAAUGUAUGCAGCUUUGGAGCCCGUGGCCUGAAAACUUGAAUGUUGAGUUGAGCAGUCAGGUGAGAUAGAAGAUUCUAGAAAUUCCAUUUGUUCAUGCAUGCAUUCAUUCAUCUAUUCAACAAAUAUUUACCCAGUGCCCCUCCGGGAGCUGUUCCUGCUGUAGACAGAGAUGUCAGGGAACAUGCCGUGUCUGAGGGAGAGGCUGGGAUCACCUGUGAAAUGACUUGUUGUGCCUAACGGUUAGGAAUGCUCAAAUUCAUAAGGAGAAUAAGUGACCUUGGAGGUGGCAUUGUCUCCCCCCUGCCCCGCCCCCAAGUUUUCAGUCCAAGAUGCUGCCAGACAGUUGGUGCUAGAUAGAUGCUUGAUGAGUGAGCAGCUUUGGCUAUUAGUUACACUCUACCUAAAACUCCUAUCUUCACGUCAAAACCCUGACCUGUUUGCCCUUGACAGACUGAAAUUCAGGGCUGCUGCAGUGCCCACCUCCAGGGGGCACCGUUUCUAUAGACUGUGCUGUGAACAGUGACCCCAGGGAUGGUGCAGUGAGGUGCCCUGUGAAUUGCCCUAAACUGCUCUCCGAAAUGUGCAGGAUCCCAUCAAAGUCAGCGAACCCCAGGAAGGGUCACCGUGCACAUGAUCAAAACUUACAGAUUACACGGCCUCUGUGGGCAUCCAGUGUGGCCACAACUGGAACCAAACUGGUGUCCCCAAGAGAAUCUCUUCUUAGAAACUCACCUCAAGUUCUCACCUCGGUUCCUUCCUGUCUCUUCCCCAUCUUCUAGGUUAAAGCUAGUGGGAUACGUCACUGUCAAAUAACCAAACAGUCAGGGUUUGGGUGACGGGCAAUAACUAAGUGGGGACAGCGAGAGUGGGGGGCUUUGUCACCCUGACAAGGUAGCACCUCCCACCAAGUUCGGAUCAGCCGGACAAGGGCGCAGAUACCAUGGGACAGACUUGUCUUUCUCCUGUAAACCCCUACUUCACGUGAGCAGGCGUGGGGUCUCUCUGAGAGCUGAUAACCGGGAAAACCAAAAACCAAUAAUAUUCCUAAUAAUAAUAAUAUAAUGUAAUAAUAAUAAUAAUAAUAAUGUGUUUUACACAGACUGCUGUUGCACUGCUUUUGUCUUUAUAUACAGUAGUUUUUAUAAAGAUGUCCUUAGGUUUUAAUAAAGGAGUGUCACGUCAA